CAGCCUUCCUAGGCGGGAGGCGAGACCCCGGCCCUGGACGCCGCGGGAGGGCCACGCCCCCGCCGCCGCGCCCCAGGGGCCCAGUGUCUUCGGGGCCGCCAGCCGCACCGGAUCCUUAACCUCGGGAGAGAGGGACUCGGUUACUCCAGAGGAUCUACAGAAUGUAGGAUGUUACCACAAAAUCUACCUCAUGUGUUAUUCUCUUUUACUCAUGAGCUGCACAGCAAUUGCAAAUUUGAGCAAGAUAUCUGCAGACUGUGUUGAAAAAUUCUGAAGAACCUAAUUAACACAGGAUGACCUAGUCGUGAUUCUAAGCCUAUAACAAGAUACUACUCAUUAGUGAAUGUGCCAGUCUUGGUUCUGAAUGCUGCAGAUAACAGCAAGCAGAGUUGUUCCUUUCUUUAUUUCUGAAGCAUUCACUUGACCUUUCAUCAGUGAAACUGACUUUUCUAAUCUGUUUGGGGAGAUAUUAAUGGAAUGCAGUCAUGUCCACUCAAGACGAGAAGCAGAUCAAUACUGAAUAUGCUGUGUCUUUGUUGGAACAGUUAAAACUGUUUUAUGAACAGCAGUUGUUUACUGACAUAGUGUUAAUUGUUGAGGGCACUGAAUUCCCUUGUCAUAAGAUGGUUCUUGCAACAUGUAGUUCUUAUUUUAGGGCCAUGUUCAUGAGUGGACUAAGUGAAAGCAAGCAGACACACGUGCACCUGAGGAAUGUGGAUGCGGCCACCUUACAGAUAAUAAUAACGUACGCGUACACGGGUAACUUGGCAGUAAGUGACGGCACUGUAGAACAGCUCUAUGAAACAGCUUGCUUCCUACAGGUAGAAGAUGUGUUACAACGUUGUCGAGAAUAUUUAAUUAAAAAAAUUAAUGCAGAGAAUUGUGUGCGAUUGUUGAGUUUUGCUGAUCUGUUCAGUUGUGAGGAAUUAAAACAAAGUGCUAAAAGGAUGGUGGAACACAAGUUCACUGCUGUGUAUCACCAGGAAGCUUUCAUGCAGCUGUCGCAUGAUUUACUGAUAGACAUUCUCAGUAGUGACAAUUUAAAUGUGGAAAAGGAGGAGACCGUUCGUGAAGCUGCUAUGCUGUGGCUAGAGUACAACACGGAGUCCCGAUCCCAGUAUUUGUCUUCAGUUCUUAGCCAAAUCAGAAUUGAUGCACUUUCAGAAGUAACGCAGAGAGCUUGGUUUCAAGGCCUGCCACCCAAUGAUAAGUCUGUAGUUGUUCAAGGUCUGUAUAAGUCCAUGCCCAAGUUUUUCAAACCAAGACUCGGAAUGACUAAAGAGGAGAUGAUGAUUUUCAUUGAAGCAUCUUCAGAAAAUCCUUGUAGUCUUUACUCUUCUGUCUGUUACAGCCCUCAAGCAGAAAAAGUUUACAAGCUCUGCAGCCCACCAGCUGAUUUACAUAAGGUUGGGACCGUUGUAACGCCUGAUAAUGACAUCUAUAUAGCAGGUGGUCAAGUUCCUCUGAAAAACACAAAAACAAAUCACAGUAAAACAAGCAAACUUCAGACUGCCUUCAGAACUGUGAAUUGCUUUUAUUGGUUUGAUGCACAGCAAAAUACCUGGUUUCCAAAGACCCCAAUGCUUUUUGUCCGCAUAAAGCCAUCUUUGGUUUGCUGCGAAGGCUAUAUCUAUGCAAUUGGAGGCGAUAGCGUGGGUGGAGAACUUAACCGGAGGACUGUAGAAAGAUACGACACGGAGAAGGAUGAGUGGACAAUGGUGAGCCCUUUGCCUUGUGCUUGGCAGUGGAGUGCAGCAGUUGUGGUUCAUGACUGCAUUUAUGUGAUGACACUGAACCUCAUGUACUGUUAUUUUCCAAGGUCUGAUUCAUGGGUAGAAAUGGCCAUGAGACAGACUAGCAGGUCUUUUGCUUCAGCUGCAGCUUUUGGUGAUAAAAUUUUCUAUAUUGGAGGGUUGCACAUUGCUACCAAUUCUGGCAUAAGACUCCCCUCUGGUACUGUAGAUGGGUCUUCAGUAACUGUGGAAAUUUAUGAUGUGAAUAAAAAUGAGUGGAAAAUGGCAGCCAACAUCCCUGCUAAGAGGUACUCAGACCCUUGUGUUAGAGCUGUUGUGAUCUCAAAUUCUCUCUGUGUGUUUAUGCGAGAAACCCACUUAAAUGAGAGAGCUAAGUACGUCACUUACCAGUAUGAUCUGGAACUUGACCAGUGGUCACUGCGGCAGCAUAUAUCCGAACGUGUACUGUGGGACUUAGGGAGAGAUUUUCGAUGCACUGUGGGGAAACUUUAUCCAUCCUGCCUUGAAGAAUCUCCAUGGAAACCACCAACUUACCUUUUUUCACCCGAUGGAACAGAGGAGUUUGAACUGGAUGGAGAAAUGGUUGCACUGCCGCCUGUAUAGUUAGGAGGCAUUGAGGGAGUGCACACCUGAUCUAUUUGCUUUGUCAUUUUCUUUGCUAAAUAAGAGGCUAUGAAAGGACUGAAUAUGAGUACAUAAAAAUCUAUCUUUGAUAAAUUUUAUUUUUAUGCCCUACUUAAUAUUUGCAUCAGUAUAAUAUAUAUCAGUGAGUCUUACAGAAAAGAUAUGCUUCCAUAAUAUGAAAUAGAUUAUCCAAUAAUUGAGAAACUUUUAUGUGUAUCAUGAGAGCAUAAGAAUCUGAAUUAUCUAACAUUGUUAGCCCUGUGUAUGUACAGUUCCAGAAGUUCACUUAUUAAAGUAGUUUCCUGUUCCUAGUGUGGUAUAUCACAAAUUGUGCUGAGGUUAUUUUAGUAUAUGUAUUUCAUUCCCGUGCUUCUGUUCUGAAGUCCAGGAAUACAGUUUUUCCAGUGUAGUUAAUUGAGCUGCACUUAACACUAAUGUCCAUGUUGGUAUAGAUACGUUGUCUAAAUCAGAGUUCCCAUUGUGGUGCAGCAGAAACGAACCUGACUGGUAUCCAUGAGGAUGCAGGUUCAAUCCCUGGCCUCGAUCAGUGGGUCAAGGAUCUGGCGUUGCCGUGAGCUGUGGUGUAGGUCACAGACGUGGCUCAGAUCCCUUGUUGCUGUGGCUGUGGUGUGGGCUGGCAGUUGUAGCUCCGAUUCAACCCCUAGCCUGGGAAUCUCCAUAUGCCGCAGGUGCGGCCCUAAAAAGCAAAAGAAAUGUUGUCUAAAUACUAUACUAUAGUUGAGGAAGAUCUUCCACUUUAUUGUUUUGCACAGGGAAAGUAUGACUGCAGGAUCAGUCUAACUAUACUAUUAGGUGCAUGUAUUCUCUUCUCACUAACUUAUACUUGUCUAUCUAGAAUACAGGUCUUCCAACCAGCUGGUUAUUUACCAGAUGUGGAGUUAAGUUGCUGGGCUUGCAAUAAGAAUUGCUAGUCCCUCAUUUUGCGGGUCUGUGUGGAGCUUUAAUCAGUAAAUGCCUCCACUUUCUGUAUUACAUUAACAUUGGCUCAUGCAUAUACCUACCUGCUGCUGUUGUAUUUCUCCAUCUUAAAAGAUUUAGAGUGGGUUAACCAGGUCAUUACAUCUUAAUUUAAUAACAAGCAUUACUGUAGAGUGAUUGUGUAUAGAUACCUGUUAGCUGUCAGGGUGUGUUUUUUUUAACCUGUUGUGUGUGUGAGUGGGAGGUAGGAUUAGAAAGGUGAACUGUUCAGGAAUUCUCUGCACUAGCUGUGCAGGAGAGCAGAUAACUAGUGCUGCUCUGGCAUUAAUCCCAGGAACCACUAGCAGUAGCGGGGCGCCGCCAACCUAACAUGAGCACAGGUGCUUCAUGACAAACAUUACUCGCAUGUUCAACUGCAUAAUGUUUUGGCACUGUAUUUUGAAUGACAUUAAUUUAUUAAAUAAAUUGUAUAUAUUCAA